AUGGCACUCUCAACACCUCUCACCCACCUUUCUGAGCGCCUCAAGAACAGUCCCCCCUCUCCUGAAGACCUCCUUGGAUUAGAGAUAAGUACCAUGGAAUUGGAAAAAACCGCUAAACUAAUUCAAUACUAUCUUACUCUCCUUGCGUCUGAAAAAGCACAGCGCGCAGCCGACUAUCAACCCUCAGACUGGGAGUUACUUACCCCAGAAGAACAACGCGCUCGAGCUCUUCGACGCGUAGAGAUUAGUGAAAACGAAAGAGUCGCCAACCUGCUUCUCUGGAAUUCAGUCAAACGAGAUCAUAAGAACAAGCGCCGUAAACUUUUAGCUGAACUCAGAAACAAAAGAUUAGCCAAGAUGUCCGCUACUUCUAACUCCAGCGCUGCAACUACCCCAGCCGCCGGAACUACUCCUAUCGCGGAAACUGCUGCUAACAGUCCUAACACGGGUCGAACAAUCCAGACCUCCACGGCCCCUUACCCCCAGCCACUCGACCGCGGCGCGGCCAAUCAGCUGGAGGAGCGCGUGAACCGCUUGAAGCUGAUCACCAUCCAGAAAAAGAUGGCGCCAGUGACGGUCGAGAGACCGACAGAGGCGACGUUGGCCGAGAACGGCUCAACUCCGGCCGUCGAGACUCCAGCCACGGCUCGAGCAACUCAAGUCAUGGCGAGUACCGCCAAGAAAUCAGCGGAGAAAGCCGCGGACGCGAUGGAUAUAGAUCCACAAGCGUCGAGCUUCUCGGCGGAUACCCAGUUACGCCCCAAAUCCCCGGACGUACGUGUUCUCUCGAAGGAAGAGAGGAUCCAGCUCCUCGUCAAAGAACACGUAGCCCUUUGGAAGAGGUUCCUAGUGGAUCAACCCUUAGGCGCUUUGGAGGGCAACAGAGCACUCCUAACUCAAGCGCAAGACAGUCAGCGCGCUCUCCAGAAAUUGAUACCUCGAGCGGAGGUCGAGGAAUACGUCAAGGGUUGGAACCCUUGGACCGAGAAGAAAAACCUCUUCCCAGUUCUUCAACAGGAAAGAAGCGGGAAGAACAGGAGCUCCUCCUCCCGAUCCAAUUCCUACAAGGCGCCCAAGAUGAACGACCCGCGUCGUUGGAAAAGGCUCAUGAAGGCCUGCCACACCCUCGAGUCGGGUUACAUGAACAUGGAGGAUUAG